AUGGACAUCUCUCUAUCCCAAAUCAAACCAAUAUACCCCCCAAAGCGCCCAACCCCAGAAGCACCCCAAACCCAAUCCAUCAUCAGCGCCCUAAACCUCGACCUGCACCCAGAAGGCGGCUAUUUCCGUGAAACAGAUCGCCAUCCGCACCAAGUGCUGAACCCAUUCGUACGUUCAACGUCUGACAGGGACAUCGAAACCCGCUCUGCAAGCUCGUCUAUCUUAUACUUCCUCACGCCUCAGCGCCCGUUAGGAGUCUUCCACCGCAACCAAGGACGGACGGUGCAUGUGUGGCAGAGAGGACGGGGACGGUACGUUAUCAUCCAUGCGGACGAGGUGGAGAGUGAGAGUCACGGCCAAGGGCAUUGUCCUAGGGCCAAGGCAAGGGUAGAGACGUUUAUUGUUGGGCCGGAUGUUGGGUCUGGGGAGCGAUUGCAGUGGGUUGUUGGAGGGGGUAAGUAUAAGUCGUCUUUUUUGUUACCUGAUGAACCCGAGGGAGAGGCUUCUUCGGGUCUGUUGAUUACUGAGGUUGUUGUCCCAGGCUUCGAUCUUGCAGACCAUGAAUUCCUGCGCAAAGACGAAAUGAAGGACCUUCUGACUGCCGACCAGGUCGAGGAAUUAAGUUGGAUGCUGAAGGAGUACCCAGAUCAAGAGAAAGAAUGA